CGAGUGUUCGUUCUGGGAGGAGGUAAUCCGCCGUCCAGCACCCACUCACUUCUGCUUAACACUUCUGUUCUGCAAAUUCGGAGCAUUUCGUAUUUGUAACUUGCCUUUUCAAGUUUGGAGAAAAAUAACAAGCUCUGCAGUGAUGCCAUGAGGUUAAUUCUGGUUAAACCCACCAAUGCAACACGGCGUCUUGACUCAACAGGAGAAGUCUUCCAUGAUGGCGACCAUGAGCAUUGUACCUCAGGAGGUCCGUCACCUCUGACAAAAACAUCUGAGGGUGGGGUGCGUGAACGAUAUUCGGGUACCUCUGUGGAAGCGCCGUCUUCCCCACAGGAGACAAGUUUGUGCUGUGUUUCAUCUUCACCCUACGGAAGUUCUAAUGGAAUCAGUCCACCAAGAGUUUCAUCCCAGAUGUCGCCACUGAAAACCCAAAACCUAACGUUAUCACAGCUGAGUGAUCAAGACUGGCUGUUGCUUUGUGGUCAGGUUAGCAGCGAAGGAGAUGAUUCGCCCUCAGCACAGAGAGCAGGGACCAGUGUGGGACAUCCAAGCCACAGUGACAGAUGUGGUUGUUCCUGUCUUGAUGCACACCAACAUUCAGAUGCUUCUACUUUCCAUCCCCAGUCAAAACAGGGCACCAUCCAAGACUGCCUCGCCAGAGUUUCAAACAAGAGAAGCCUUUCAUCGUCACCACACACUCAGCCUUUCUCUCAAGCUCCGACCACUUGCCAGGUUUUACCACAGCAAACAAACCAAAGGGAUCUUUUGAAACCUGCAACAAACCAUUCACAGGACAAUUUCAUGCUCCAGUGCAGAGACCAAGAAGGUCAAAGGGAGCUAUUGCAGCACCCUUGCAAUCAUUUCAAACUUAAAGACAGCAGCCAAGCAACUUGUCCAAAUUUAUUCAACAUUCCUCUGAACCCCAUCGAGUGUGUUGAGACAAAUCAAAAACUUCACCAACACCCUCAGCCUGCUGUCACUGCAGAGCUCAACUGGAGAGAGCUUUUUGGUAAAGAGCCGGUGUUAGUUCAGCAACGUCAAAAGCAAGGCUCUCACUGCCCGACAAGUGGUGAUCAAACCUGCAAGUCAUCUGGAGAUUCCUCCAUCAUCCUCAAGUGCCGUCAUCUACCUUACAGUCCUUUAACCAGCGCUCCACGGGUGAAGAGGUCGUCUACUCCAGCCAGUAACAAAAGUGUCCGGUCCUUCUCCAACAGCCAGUAUAGUUCACUUGAGAACCAGGAUUUUGUGGGGGAGAGGGCUAGACAGCGACAAAGUCAGACAAGCUCUCAGCACCUUAGAGGAUCAAAACUAUCAAUUCCUAAACACACUCCUCCACCUUCUGACGCCCUAGAAACUGGAGACACAGUCAACGGGGAUGCAGUGCGACCGCUGAGCAGCCAUGGCACUUUAAGAUCCAGUCUUGCAGAUCUCCCCUUGGGCCAGCAGCCUCUUCAGCUUCUUCACAGUACCAUCCUGGAGGACGCCUUCUCCAAAGUCAUCAGAGACGAUUCCAGCAAGGCCAACAGUGAAAACCUGACCAGAGAUGAAGGCAGCGUACCGCAGAAGAAGAGCAAGGACAUUAGCUACCGGCUGGGUCAGAGAAGAGCGCUCUUUGGGAAGCGAAAACAGUUGAGCGACUACGCGUUGGUCUGUGGGAUGUUUGGCAUUAUCGUCAUGGUGAUCGAGACGGAGCUGUCGAGGGGAUUUUACAACAAGGAAUCCAUAUAUUCAUAUGUACUGAAAGGCCUCAUCAGCCUCUCUACUGCCAUUCUUCUUGGACUCAUUAUGAUGUACCAUGCAAGGGAAAUUCAGCUCUUCAUGGUGGACAACGGCGCAGACGACUGGAGGAUAGCUAUAACCUUUGAGCGGAUUCUCUCUGUUGUGUUGGAGCUCCUCAUCUGUGCCGUCCAUCCAAUUCCAGGCCAGUAUGUGUUCACCUGGACUGCUCGGCUGGCCUUCAGCUACACAGAAUCAGAGGCGGACGCGGAUGUCGACAUCAUCUUCUCCGUGCCGAUGUUCCUGCGCCUCUACCUAAUUGGCCGGGUCAUGCUGCUCCACAGCAAGCUGUUCACAGACGCUUCCUCCCGCAGCAUCGGGGCGCUCAACAAGAUCAGCUUUGACACUCGUUUUGUCAUGAAGACUCUGAUGACCAUCUGUCCCGGCACAGUCCUGCUGGUCUUCAGUGUGUCCUGUUGGAUCAUCGCAGCAUGGACCGUGCGUGUAUGUGAGAGGUAUCACGAUGCACAGGAGGUGACCAGUACCUUCCUUGGAGCAAUGUGGCUGAUCUCCAUCACCUUCCUCUCCAUCGGCUAUGGCGACAUGGUCCCUCACACCUACUGUGGGAAGGGGGUGUGCCUGCUCACAGGAAUCAUGGGAGCGGGCUGUACAGCUUUAGUGGUCGCCGUUGUUGCAAGGAAGUCAGAACUCACCAGAGCCGAGAAGCACGUCCAUAACUUCAUGAUGGAUACUCAGCUCUACAAAAAGAUAAAAAAUACAGCAGCCAAUGUGUUGAGGGAGACAUGGCUCAUCUACAAGAACACCAAGCUGGUGAAGAAGAUUGACCAUUCCAGAGUACGCCACCAUCAGCGUAAAUUCCUACAGGCCAUCCACCAACUGCGAACAGUCAAAAUGGAGCAAAGGAAACUGACUGAUCAGGCCAAUACAGUUGCUGACCUUGCCAAGACUCAGAACAUGAUGUAUGAUCUGGUGUUGGACCUGCAGCAUCGUAGCGAGGGGCUGGACAGGAGGGUUGGAGCUCUGGAAGAGAAACUGGACUCCAUCCUUCUCAGUGUGCAGUCGCUGCCUGUUGUGCUUUCUCAAGCAAUAACAAAGCUACAAAAGGAUUUCCUUGAUGACUUGGCCUGUCGUGUCCACUUCCUGUCAUCCUCCCUAAGCUCUGAGUGCUGUUCAGUCCCUGCCAGGCAGCUCUGUCCAGGAUCCACCACACCAGAGACACCAUACAGCUCGUAGGCCACGCUCAGUGGUUUUCCUCUUAGUCUGCAACCUUUUCUCAUGCUGGGUAGGAUUUUGUCAACAUGCACACUCGUAGCGCCCUGCUACACAUUCAUAUAGUCACCCCUGGGAGUUACAGCUACUGUCUCAUACUGAGCAGCUCCAAUGAGAAGGGAAGUGCCUCAGUCAGGGGAUUUUAGAGGAAGGGGAGAGCAUUACUCCUUAAUUUCCUUUGCUCAGAGUUUUACAGUUAGUCCAGGGACUGGAUUUUCCCCUUAUAAUUAGACAAAACGACCCUCCUUUGAUCUCACCCCAGAGAUUCAUACAGAAAGAUGACUUGUAAGCUAUGGCUUCAGGUAGAAUUGCAAUGUAACUGUCAUUGUCAAUAAAAUCUUUGAUUAAAACAGCUUACCUAAUAUAGUCUAAUCCAGUUCAUUCACAACCAAUUAAAUAAGUGUGGAAAUAAAUUCAGGACUCCUAUGAGCUCACAGACCUCGUCCAUCCUUGUUUUAGCUCACCAAUCAUCUUGCAAUAUUUCAUUUUGAAAAUCUUAACAUUGUGGAAUUGGAAAAGAUUUUUGACAUAUUAUGGAUAGCAGCUUUGAUAGGUAAUAAAUAUGGUCGUCUCAGAAGUGGGCUUGUCACUGUUUGGUUCCUAUACUGAGCUGGCUGUGAACAUUAUGUGAGAGGCUAUACUUCCCCUUUAUGGCUGAAGUUGUGUAGGGUGGCUCCCAUGAAUGAAUAUGUGAAACAUGAGAGAAGACACUAAACUUCUAAAUUCAUGUAUUAUUGUAAUGUUCUGUUAACUGGAAGACAUCUGCUGCAGUUUAUCAAGGAUGCUGCAGACUGACUAGAACAAAAAUAAAGAUAGUUACGGUAAAUUUAAAUUUUUAAAGAAUGAAAUCAGUUCCCACACAGCCAAGAGUGUUUCCUGCUCCAUUAGGACAGUGUUUUCUGUAUUUUGUAGUAAAUUAUGUCCUCCAUUAGGGAACAAUGAUUAGGAACAGAGAAGAGACUGAGAUGGUGUUUGUGAUUACUUUCAAAGCAAUAAUGGCUAAGAUGUCAGAGUUGUUAAUUUUCUCAUUAAAUGUAGUCUCAGAUGGUGUGGACAAAAUGGUUGUGAUUGCGCCAAAUGCCACAUUAAUGCCUAAAGGGGAAGAAAUGUUGCAGUCAGGGCACCUUGCCCCAGGGUAUAGCAUUCAUUUAACACUUUAACACAUUUGUUUUUAUGUGUGGUUGUUUUGUGCUCAUUUGAGCCCUAAUUUCCAGAUGGUGAUUUGCAGCUGCUUGAAGUUUUUCCUGUGUAGGCCUGGUCAGUAUUUUUUAAGAAACUGAAACUUUCCUUUGUGUUUCAAUGGCCUCAUCCUACAUAACAUCAAUAUUUUAGUCUGUAUGUGAAGGAGUUGGGUUUUAGACAUUUUCAACUCUCACAGGUGAUGUAGCCUAUACUUUUCAAUAUUUACAUUUAUUUUUAUUUUUGUAGCAACCACACCGUGUUUUAUUUUCGACUUCUUUAAUACAAUCUCUGGUAAUAAAUAUGUAUUCCUGAACUUUU